AUGUCCUCCGACGAAGUCCCGGCUACCAGUGUGACUACCACUAGCGAUGCCAUUGAUGCUACUGCUAAUCCAGUGAUUGACUCCAAGGACUCGAAAAUUGACCAGGGCGGCGAUACUGUUGACACCUCAGUUUCCGCUAGUGGCGACGCCGCCCCUGAAAGCAAUGACCCUAAUAAUGAAAUUCAAGCCGGUGAAGAACAAACCGAACAAGCUCCUGACGCCUCAGAGCCCCAGGAAGCCCCCGAGUCGCCGUUUGCGCCGCGAGACGUGGUGCUUGCUAAAGUAAAAGGCUAUCCUUCCUGGCCUGCCAUGGUACUCAGUGAGGAAGUGCUCCCGGCCAACGUGGCCAAAUUGAAGCCGAGAACGCUGAAGAAGAAAGGCCCCGCGGUACCAGUACGGUUUUUCAGCGACGAUACUUAUAUCUGGAUCCACGCCAGCGACUUGAAGCAUUUGAGCCAGGAAAUGAUCCAAGACCACUUUGACGCGUCGCUGCGCAAGAGACGUAAAGAUAACAUGCUUGAGUCGGCGUUUGCGAUGGCGUUGGACCCGCCGGAGAUGGAAUUGUUUGCCAUGUAUGGCCUGCUGCUCCAGCCUGACCCUACCGCUGAACUUGAUGACGAAAUCCUUGAAAUGGCUACCGAUACUGACCCCAGUCCGAAAAAGCGUAAAGCUCCCGCCACUACUGAAGGUACCCCGAGAAAGAGAGCCGCCACCACCAAGACGCCCCGCAAACGCCUGGAAAGACUGCCCACCAAGAAAGAAACCACCAAAAAGGAAACUGCAAAGAAGGAAGAAACCCCUAGACUCCCUGGCUACGAUGACGAUUGGGGCACUGACGACUUGUUCGUCUACGAUAAGACUAAUGGCGACUAUAUCCUCGACGAUGAAGCUGAACAAAAGCAGUUAUUUGACGACGAAAUCGGCCUGGCCACUGAAGUUCUGGCUCGCAUUGCCCGUGCUAACGACCAAUUCCAUAAAGUAAGCGCCGAAGUACUCAAACAAGUGGUGGACUUAGAGCACCCCGCGGUCAAGAGCGAAGACGACGCCAAAGUGUACCAAAUUGACCCUCAACCGGCGUUAGCAGCGUUGGAUGACCUUCAAAAGCUUCUUACACCUGAGUUCCCCAAAGCCGUAUACGCAAAGCUGUCGUUGAUGCGCUGGCUAGUGGUAUUGGCGAGAUUACCUGAGCCUCAGUUCCCUUACCCUGAAGUGAGAGAUCGCAUCACCGACGUGCUUAAACUGUCUCUUGGGUUCACCGUACCCAUUAACCGUCCCGAAAUGAUGGUAAACCCUGACCCCACCCCUACUCCUCAACCAGAAUCUACGCCAUCCACUGAAGGUAAAGAAGAACAAGAAGAAGGGGGUGCUUCUGAAGUCAAAUCUGAAGAGACAGAUGUCAAAGUUGAAGCUAAUGGCGAUGCCGUGGCCAACGGUGACCACAACGGCACUGCUACUACAACUACUGAAGCCUAG